AUGGCGGACGAUGGCAUGCUACUAAACUUUGACUUUGGGAGCGUUCCCAUAAAGCCCCUGGUCAAAUUCAAAGGCGGUCGUUGGCGAGACAGAAAACAGGCUGAGCGAGGCGCUCGACCUCCUGGUGCAGACGGUAGCCCGCCCGCGCGACGCCCUCCGAGGGAUCCUAGGGAGCGCUUCGACGACUCCAACCGACCUUUUAAACGCCGCAGAGCCGACGCAGGUGAUGAGCCUGCCGCCAACCACCAACCAAACACCCGACCCAGUCAUAUCAAAAUCGAGCACGGAGGGCUCAGGCCACCUUUUGACAGCCGCAGAAAUGGCCCCGGCAGCGGCAAUAAGGGCACCAAGCAAGUGGUCUCGAGUCUCUUCAGCUUCAAUCCUGAGCAGAAAACAGUUUUUGAGGACGAGGAGUGGUCGGCCCCGACCCCUACCAACGCGCCGCUCGCCGACGUGGCCAACUUUGGCACACUCACACUCUCGUCCCGACUGGUCGAGGAGCUCAGCAAGAUGAGCCUGGAGCGCCCGACUGCGAUCCAGCAAAAAGUCAUUCCGCACAUGAUUACCGGCAGCGCCGACGCAUUUGUGCAGGCCGAGACCGGUUCCGGAAAAACAUUUUCAUAUCUCCUACCCAUCCUUCACCGCGUGCUGCAGCUCAGCGCGCAAAACGACGGCAAGCAGGUGCACCGCGAUUCCGGCCUCUUUGCCAUCAUUGUGGCGCCGACCCGCGAACUGGCCAAGCAGACACAUACGGUCCUCGAACAGCUCAUCAGGCCCUUCCCCUGGCUCGUCUCGACGGCCAUUACUGGUGGCGAGUCCAAAAAGGCAGAAAAGGCGCGCAUCCGCAAGGGCGUAAACUUCUUGGUCGCCACACCGGGUAGAUUGGCCGAUCACAUUGACAACACACAGGCCUUGAGCCUCGAGACCGUCCGAUGGCUCAUUCUCGACGAAGGCGAUCGGCUGAUGGAUCUUGGAUUCGAGGACGAUCUUCAAAAGACGAUUGACGCGCUUCGUGACGUUGAGAUAGCCAAGGAGACCAGUAACGGAACAUCACUAGCCACACUUCCUGACCGCCGGGUCUCGAUUCUCUGCUCCGCCACCAUGAAAAUGAAUGUGCAGAAGCUGGGCGAGAUGAGUUUGGCCGAUGCUGUUUUUCUCUCUGCCGACAAGGGUGAGAUGACCGCCGACGAGAACAUUGAGCACAAGGCUCCUGCGCAGCUUCAUCAAUCCCACGUUAUCGUACCAGCGAAGCUCAGAUUAGUCACCCUCGCUUGCUAUCUCAAAUCCAUAUUCUCUCGCAAAGGGCAUACGAUGAAGGUAAUCGUCUUCAUGUCCUGCGCCGAUGCCGUCGAUUUUCACUACGAACUAUUGCGGAACCCGAAUGACACCGAAGCACCGCCAGCACAACCAAAUGACCUGGAAUCAGUCUCCAAAACUGUGGCCAGAGCAGCAUACCUCACUUCUCAAGCUAGCCCCGAGGUCAUCCUACACAGGAUGCACGGUUCCCUUACUCAAUCCGUCCGAUCAGCCACUUUGCGCACAUUCUCCGCUUGCAAGCUGCCUUCGGUAUUGAUCACGACGGAUGUAUCCUCGCGAGGUCUCGAUAUUCCAUCCGUGGACCUCGUCAUCGAAUACGAUCCAGCCUUUAGCUUUGCCGACCACAUUCACCGUAUAGGCCGAACUGCUCGUGCCGGUCGCGCCGGUGAGGCCAUGCUCUUCCUGCUCCCCGGCUGCGAGGAGGGCUACGUCGAGCUCCUGCGCGCCUCGGGCACCCCCACCGCGCACUCCUACGAGGCGAUCCUCCAAAAGGGACUCAUGUCCAAGCUCGAGUUCCCGGUCCAGACGUCGGCCAAGCUGACCGAGGGGCAGACAUACCACGAAAAGGCCGAGACAAUGCAGCUGCACUUGGAGCAGCGCCUGCUCGAGGACCCCAGGCGCCUCGAGCUGGCCCGCAACGGCUUCAAGUCCCACAUCCGCGCCUACGCGACGCACACCAAGGAAGAACGCGGUCACUUUAACAUGGCAGAGCUACACCUGGGUCACACCGCCAAGAGCUACGCCCUGCGCGAGCCGCCGCGGGGCGUCGGCUCCGGUAUCGACAGAAAGGUGCGCAAGGGCGGCAAGAAGGGCCAUGCGCCGGGGCCCAAGAACGACGACCAGGAGCAGCCGGUGAACGAGGGCGCGGCGAGGAGCCUCCUGAGAAAGAAGGGCAUGAUGCUGAUGACGGGCGCGGACGAGUUCAAUAUUGGGUAG